AUGAGCGCCCAGGCCCUUAACAAGAUCGCUCCCAACAGCCCCUCGAGGCAGAACCCCUCCGAGCUUGAGACCAGCAUCGCUCAGGCUCUCUUCGACCUCGAGUCCAACACCUCCGACCUCAAGGUUGCCCUGCGACCUCUGCAGAUCGUCUCUGCCCGUGAGAUCGAGGUUGGCCACGGCAAGAAGGCUAUUGUCAUCUUUGUCCCCGUCCCUUCCCUGCAGGGCUUCCACCGCGUCCAGCAGCGUCUCACCCGUGAGCUCGAGAAGAAGUUCUCUGAUCGCCAUGUCCUGAUCCUCGCUUCUCGCCGCAUCUUGCCCCGCCCCAAGCGAUCCGCCCGCUCCCGCAACACCCAGAAGCAGAAGCGCCCCCGUUCGCGAACUCUCACUGCUGUCCACGACGCCAUCCUCGAGGAUCUCACCUACCCCGUCGAGAUCGUCGGCAAGCGCGUCCGCACCAAGGAGGACGGCUCCAAGACCCUCAAGGUCAUCCUCGACGAGAAGGAGCGUGGUGGUGUUGACUACCGCCUCGACACCUAUUCUGAGGUCUACCGCCGCUUGACAGGCCGCAACGUCAACUUCGAGUUCCCUCAGAGCGGUCCCGCCGACUACUAA